UUCACGGACUGACAGACAGACAAACAACCAACUAUGAAUUUUGCUCAGUAAAGUCAAUAUAGUUGAUGGUGUAGAAUUAGUCGCUCGUAAUUCUGUUUUGUUUUGGAUUUGGCGGCCAAAAAAUAUAUUGCAUCAACAUGGAACCAAAAUAUGGUUUAUUUAAAUUAUCAAAAAAUCCACCGAAGAAAUCCGAAUUGGUUCAAAAAUCAUCAAUAUUCGGUGAUUCAGAUUCGGAUGAUGAUACCAAUGUACCGCCAGCAUAUCAUCAUUCAUCGAAUCUAAAACGACAAACUCAAUCAAAAAUUCAAAAAGCUGUCGAACUGGAUCCAACCAUCUUUCAAUAUGACGAAGUUUAUGAUGAAAUUAAAAGUCAACAACCAGCGGAAAAAAUUGUCGGUCAAAUUGAUAAAAAGCCUAAAUACAUUAGCAAUUUGUUGAAGAUGGCUGAAACUAGAAAACUUGAACAAGAAAUUCGUUUGGAACGAAAAAUUCAAAAAGAACGUGAAAAAGAAGGCAAUGAAUUCAAGGAUAAAGAAUCAUUUGUUACAUCAUCAUAUCGAGAGAAAUUGGAACAGAUGCGAAAAACGCAUGAAGAGAUGGAAAAACAGGAUGCUAUCGAAAAAAUGCUAGAUGUUACCAAACAUGGUGAUCUCAAUGGAUUUUAUCGAAGUUUGUAUAAAAAUAAUAUGUUUCAAGAUAAAAAUGUUGAUGAUGACAACGAUGAUGGUGAUUCGACUGCAGAUAAAAUAGUGUUCAAUAAAUCAAAUGUCAAUCGAAACAAAAUCAGCAUCCGUGAACGGGAUACGAUAAAAACCGAUGGCUGUGAUGAAGAUGAUCAAAAUGAUGAUGAAACAAUGGCCGUACCUGAAAAGAAAUCCGAAGAAAAUGAUGAAUUAUCCAGCAAAAAAUCAAUGAAUGAAGAAAAAACAAAAGAUGUUGUUGAAACUACCAAUAAAAAUAACAUUUCAUCCAUUCCUCAAUCGACGGUGGAAGAAGAAAAUAAAAAUUCUGAACAAGUAAACAAAGAACCAGAAGAACCACCAAAAUCGCCACCAAAACCAAAAUUAUCACGCAAAGAAUUGAUAGAAAAAUUAUUCACCAAACGAACUAUUGGUGAUGUUUAUGAACAAGCUAAACAACGAUAUCUUGAACGGCGACAACAAAGGCUUUUAAAAACUUGAAUUUUCUUUAUGUUUGUUUGUUUGUUUAAUAUUUACAAAAUAAAUAAUCAAUUCAAUAAAUAAAUGAUAAAAGCAGAGAUUUUUUCCAAAUAUCAAAAACAAAAAAUCAAUCCAUUCAGACUUGAGUCCAUUGUGUGGCAUUUUGAUGAUGAAAUCGAUGUGAAUGUGGUGGCCUUGUUAAUGGUUGA